AUCCGCUUUUUUUAAGAUUAUUAUUGUCAUUGUAAUCAAUAAUCAACAGCACAUUAGUAUAAAAAUUUAGCAAAAUUUAAAAAACUUCAAACUAAUUAAAAAUUUGGUGAUUACUAGUUAGUACUAGAGUACUAAACAUCACAGGAUUAACUGCAAUUACAUAAAACGUUAAAUUUCACGUUUAAGAUAGCUUAGAAUUGAAUACUUCAGUUUAAUAUGAUAGUUAUUUUGUGUUCUUAUCAGUGAACUGUGUGGUUUUAAAAGCGGUGGGUCAGAGCAAUUUAACUUAUUAAGUGGUUUUGCAUGUCUCAGGUGAUGGUUGUAAAAAUGUUGAACAAUAACUUACGCGUUUUUUUACUGUUUUGUGUUUGGUCGUGCUGCAGUUCACAAAGUAAUGUAGAUUUUCUUGCAGCAGUUGUAGAAUACCAGCCUAGCAGGAAUUCAAGUGACAACUUCAAAAAUUACAUAAACAUCAUAGAAAAUAUAAAACAAGGUGUUGACUUCAUCGUAUUUCCUGAAUCAACAUUAACCGUAAAUCAUCCAGUGGAAGCUCUAACUCCAAAUACAACAUCCUGUAACUCAAAUAAAACCAAUUUGGAUGCCAUAGCUUGUUUGGCUAAAGAAAAACAGUCGUACAUCAUUGUGAACAUUGAUGAGAGGCGUAACUGCACCAAAGAUGACGACACCUGUCCAUCGAGAGGGUACUUCGUGUACAACACGAACGUAAUUUAUGGAAAAAAUGGAUCUUUAGUAGCUAAGUACAGGAAGUGGAAUCUCUUCGGCGAAGUAACCAAGAACAAGCCCAGCACUCCGGACAUCAUCACCUUCCAAACUGACAAGGGAACUUUCGGUACCUUUACAUGUUUCGACAUACUCUUCUCCACGCCUCCAUUAAAUUUGACCAGAAAUGGAGUCAAAAACAUCAUUUUUACCACCAUGUGGUUUUCUGAGCUUCCAUUCCUAACAGCUCUGCAAACUCAGCAGAUGUGGGCACGUGAAAACAAUGUGACAUUCUUGUCCAGUGGUGCUAACAAUAUGGCCGUGGGGUCUGGUGGUUCCGCCAUUAUUUUAAGUAACAGAGUCACAAACUCUUUGACAAUCGAACCAGACUUAAACUCAACGAAUUACGCCAAAGUAUUGUAUAGUGAUGUGGUGGAGCCGGAGGCUGACGUAGAUGUGGUUGCCAAGUCGCUGGAUAAAAUGAAGCUAAAACAAGACAAUUUAAAAGAAUAUACUUCAACACUGUUGCCUGAGAUUGGUAACACCACAUCGAAAAUUUGUCACCAAUCACUUUGUUGCUACUUCGAAGUAAACAAAACAGUCACCGCAUCACACAACAACAGUUACUAUUACAGGCUGGUAGCAUAUUCUGGAGUCAGAAGUUUCUCAGGAGUUUACAAUGGAGGCAUCGAUGUUUGUGGAGUCGUUGCUUGUACUGACAACAAGACCGUAACGUCUUGCUCCGAAAGGUUGCCCAAUUACGAAUCAAUUACAUGGCCUAUAUUAUUCAGCAGUAUUAAAAUUAGAGCCGAAUUUCCAAACGAAGAAACCCGCAUCCAAUUUCCCAAUUCCCUUCUGAGCUCUUUGAGACCAAUGUCCCAAGAUGCCAUCAAAUGGGAGAAAACCAUUAAUGGCACCAACGUUGUGAGGGAGCUGACGCUUCUGAAGCCGACGAACAGGUUGAUGACUUUCGCCAUAUACGGAAGAAAUUUCAAGGCAGAUAGUGAUCCGUUGAGCAAUGCAGCAGUCACAAGCAAUGAAUACAACUAUCUUUCGCCCAAUGUUAUUGUUUUACUCAUUGGCUCCAUUCUUUUUUACAUAUAGCCAUUCACAUAAUCUCAUAAAGUUAUUUCUGUUAAAUAAUUGAUAUAAUAAAAAUUUUGUUAAAAUAUUUUGUUUAAAAAUUAAACAAAUUGAAUGUA